AUGCCUCCAAAGAAAUUUCAAGCUCUGGACGAUUUCAUCGAUAAGCAACCAGCUGAUCCAAGUAUGGUUAAAUCACCAUUCGGUGGUUAUUUCAAGAAGAAUAACAACAAUUAUCAACAACAACGUAAUUUGAACCAAGGUAGCAACUACCAAAACUAUAACCAAGGUAGCAACUAUCAAAAUUAUAACCAAGGCAGUAACUAUCAAAACUAUAAACAAAAUAGUUAUGUCCCAGCUACUACCACUCCAAAUACUAGUAGUACACCAACCCCAUCUGCCUCUAGUGCAUCUUUGACAUCAUUGAACACUUCAAUCUCUAAUUUGAAUUUGAACGUGACCCCAGUUACCAACUAUUUGUUAAAGAUGACUGAAGCUUCCAACAUUACUGAAUGUAAAACAUUAAUUAAAUCCAUUGUCGAAGAAUUCAACGGUGAGUUCUCAUCUAUGAAGAACGUCGAAGAUUGGGGUAUCCAUGAUGUCAUCAACAAAUUGAUUAAAGCAAAGAAUCCAGCUUUAAUUAAAGAAUCGGCAUACUUACUUAUUUCUAAUCUAGCUCAAAACUGUGUUAACAAAUCUCCUCAAGAGGCUUACUUGUUACCAUUUUUCAACUUGGCUCUAGAUGGUACUGCUGAAAAGGAUAACACUGUGAAGCGUGCUGCUCAACAUGCUAUCGAUGCAUUAUUGAACACCUUCCCAAUCGAAUCUUUGUCUACAAAUGUUCUUCCAGUCAUCCUAGAAUACCUAUCUUCCGGUGCCAAAUGGCAAUCUAAAAUCGCUGCUUUAGCUAUCGUCGAUAGAAUCAGAGAAGACUCUCCAAACGAUUUAUUAGAAUUAACAUUCAGACAAACUGUACCAAUUCUUACUGAUGUCUCCACUGAUUUCAAACCAGAACUUGCUAAACAAGGUCACCAAACAUUAUUGGACUUCGUCUCCAUCCUUGACAACUUGGAUCUUUCACCACGUUUUAAAUUAAUUGUUGACACCUUACAGAAUCCUCAAAAGGUUCCAGAAUCUGUCAAAGCCUUAUCUAGUGUCACUUUCGUUGCCGAAGUUACUGAACCUUCUUUGUCGUUAUUAGUUCCAAUUUUAAACAGAUCCCUAAAUCUGUCAUCUUCAUCCCAAGAACAAUUAAGACAAACUGUUAUUGUCAUCGAAAAUUUGACUAGAUUGGUUAACAACAGAAUUGAAAUUGAAAGCUUCGUCCCAUUAUUAUUACCUGGUAUCGAAAAAGUUGUCAAUACUGCUUCUUUACCAGAAGUUAGAGAAUUAGCUGAAAAAGCUUUAGUAGUUUUAAAGGGUGACGAAGGCGAAACUUCUGGUCAAUCUAGCAGUGGUCCUAUUAGACUAACAAAGGAAGAUGCUAAGAAGUUCCUAUUGGACAAUUUGGCAAAAGUAUCUGCUGAAGGGGACUUCCUAUUGAAACCAUUCCUAGAUGAUAUCAAAAACAAUAACGAAAUCGUUAUCACUGAAUACUUAACCAAUUUCAUCACAGGUGUUGCUAAUGUUAAUGAUUGGAAAAGACUGGAAGAGUACUUUAACUCUAUCCUUGGUGAUAAUAAUAAGGAUGUUGUUUCUAACGAUUUCAUUGCUGCUAUCAGAGGUAUUUUCCACCAAGAAAAGGUCAAAUACGAUGAAAAUGAGGGUAUUGAAAUUGUCAACACUGAUUUCUCUUUAGCUUACGGUUCACGUAUGUUAUUAAACAAGACCAACCUACGUCUAUUGAAGGGUCACAGAUACGGUCUUUGUGGUAGAAAUGGUGCUGGUAAAUCCACAUUGAUGAGAGCUAUUGCAAAUGGUCAAUUAGAUGGUUUCCCAGAUAAGGAUACUCUACGUACUUGUUUUGUUGAACAUAAACUUCAAGGUGAAGAAGGUGACCUAGAUUUGGUUUCUUUCAUUGCUUUAGAUGAUGAGUUGCAAAGCACUUCUCGUGAUGAAAUUGCUGCCGCUUUAGAAUCUGUUGGUUUUGACGAUGAAAGGAGAGCUCAAACUGUGGGUUCUUUAUCUGGUGGUUGGAAGAUGAAAUUAGAAUUGGCCAGAGCUAUGCUGCAAAAGGCUGAUAUCUUACUAUUAGAUGAACCUACCAAUCAUUUGGAUGUGUCUAACGUUAAAUGGCUUGAAGAAUAUUUAUUGGAACACACUGACAUCACAUCUUUAAUUGUUUCUCAUGACUCAGGAUUUUUAGAUACCGUAUGUACCGACAUUAUUCAUUACGAAAACAAAAAAUUGGCUUAUUAUAAGGGUAACUUGGCUGCAUUUGUUGAACAAAAGCCCGAAGCUAAGGCUUACUAUACCUUGACUGACUCGAAUGCUCAAAUGCACUUCCCACCACCUGGUAUCUUGACUGGUAUCAAAUCCAGAACAAAGGCUGUUGCAAAAUUGACAGAUGUCACCUUCACAUACGCUGGUGGUAACAAACCAUCCUUGGCUAAUGUCUCAUGUGCUCUAUCUUUGUCCUCUCGUGUUGCUGUUCUAGGUCCAAAUGGUGCUGGUAAAUCUACUUUAAUUAAGCUUUUGACAGGUGAAUUAGUUCCUCAAGAAGGUAAGGUUGAAAAACAUCCAAACUUACGUAUCGGUUACAUUGCUCAACACGCUUUGCAACACGUUAACGAACAUAAGGAAAAAACUGCUAACCAAUACUUACAAUGGCGUUAUCAAUUCGGUGAUGAUCGUGAAGUUUUGCUAAAGGAAUCUAGAAAGAUUUCCGAAGAAGAAAAAGAAAUGAUGACCAAGGAGAUCGAUGUUGAUGAUGGUAGAGGUGCUAGAACCAUUGAAGCUAUUGUUGGUAGACAAAAAUUAAAGAAGUCCUUCCAAUAUGAAGUUAAAUGGAAAUGGUGGAAACCAAAAUAUAAUUCUUGGGUUCCAAGAGAUCUUUUGAUCAGCCAUGGUUUCGAGAAGUUGGUUCAAAAGUUUGAUGAUCAUGAAGCUUCUAGAGAAGGUUUAGGUUAUCGUCAAUUGAUCCCAUCUGUUAUCACUAAACAUUUCGAAGAUGUUGGUCUAGAUUCUGAAAUUGCUAACCACACUCCAUUAGGUUCCUUAUCGGGUGGUCAAUUAGUUAAGGUUGUUAUCGCCGGUGCCAUGUGGAACAAUCCGCAUUUGUUGGUUCUGGAUGAACCUACUAACUAUCUAGAUAGAGAUUCUUUAGGUGCCUUAGCUGUUGCUAUUCGUGAUUGGACUGGUGGUGUUGUCAUGAUUUCACAUAACAACGAGUUCGUUGGUGCUUUAUGUCCAGAACAAUGGAUUGUUGAGAAUGGUACUAUGGUUCAAAAGGGUAUUAACCAAAUUGAUCAAAGUAGAUUUGAAGAUGGUGGUAAUUCUAAUGCUGUUGGUGUCAAGUCCGACCAAAUGAUUACUCCAUCCGUUGAUGAUGACGAUUCUCCUGCCAAUAUCAAGGUUAGACAAAGAAAGAAGAAAAUGACUAGAAACGAAAAGAAGUUACAAGCAGAACGUCGUCGUCUACGUUACAUCGAAUGGCUGUCUUCUCCAAAGGGUACUCCAAAACCAGUUGAUACUGAUGACGAAGAUGAGGAUUAA